CGGGCGCAUGCGCAGGAGGUGCCGCCCGGCCGCGCCCCGCCCCCGCCGCGGAGGGGGUCUCGCGCGCUGCCUGCCCGCGGCGCGAGGCCGGGCCCGGGCGGCGGGUAGCGGGGCGGGGGGCGGCGGGGGGCAGCGGCGGCGGCGGCGGCGGGACGGGACGGGACGGGACGGGCGGGGGUGAGAGGAUGUGAAGAUGGCGGAGCUGCAGAUGCUGCUGGAGGAGGAGAUCCCGGGGGGGCGCCGGGCCCUGUUCGACAGCUACACGAACCUCGAGCGGGUGGCCGAGUACUGCGAGACCAACUACAUCCAGUCAGCGGACAAGCAGCGAGCCCUAGAAGAAACCAAAGCCUACACAACCCAGUCAUUAGCAAGCGUAGCCUAUCUGAUCAACACUUUGGCCAACAAUGUUCUCCAAAUGCUGGAUAUCCAGGCAUCCCAGCUUCGACGCAUGGAAUCUUCGAUCAACCAUAUUUCACAAACGGUGGACAUUCACAAAGAGAAAGUUGCUAGAAGAGAAAUUGGUAUCUUGACUACAAACAAAAACACCUCAAGAACUCACAAAAUCAUUGCACCAGCUAACCUGGAGCGACCAGUUCGCUACAUCAGGAAACCUAUUGAUUAUACAAUUCUAGAUGAUAUUGGACAUGGAGUGAAGUGGUUGCUUAGAUUUAAGGUCAGCACGCAGAAUAUGAAGAUGGGUGGGCUGCCUCGUACGACACCACCCACCCAGAAGCCACCAAGUCCACCAAUGUCAGGAAAAGGAACUAUUGGGCGUCACUCUCCCUAUCGCACGUUGGAGCCAGUGCGUCCUCCGGUGGUACCAAAUGACUACGUGCCUAGCCCAACACGCAAUAUGGCUCCCUCACAACAGAGCCCUGUUAGAACGGCAUCUGUCAAUCAGAGGAAUCGCACAUACAGCAGCAGCGGGAGCAGUGGAGGAAGCCACCCAAGUAGUCGGAGCAGCAGUCGAGAGAACAGUGGAAGUGGAAGUGUGGGUGUUCCUAUUGCUGUUCCCACACCGUCUCCUCCCAGUGUCUAUCCAGGCCACCCAGUUCAGUUCUACAGCAUGAACAGGCCUGCAUCUCGACACACGCCCCCGACAAUAGGGGGUUCUUUGCCAUAUCGGCGUCCUCCUUCAAUCACAUCACAGACGAGCCUUCAGAACCAGAUGAAUGGAGGGCCUUUUUAUAACCAGAACCCAGCAUCCCUUGCUCCUCCUCCCCCCUCCAUCCUACAGGUAACUCCACAGUUACCAUUAAUGGGAUUUGUGGCCAGAGUUCAAGAAAACAUUUCAGAUACUCCUCCUCCGCCACCGCCUGUGGAUGAGCCAGUGUUUGAUGAAUCCCCACCUCCACCCCCACCUCCAGAGGAUUAUGAGGAGGAGGAAGCAGCUGUGGUGGAGUACAGCGAUCCCUAUGCUGAAGAGGACCCUCCUUGGGCACCAAGGACCUACUUAGAAAAGGUGGUGGCGAUUUAUGACUACACGAAGGACAAGGAAGAUGAGCUCUCAUUUCAGGAAGGUGCCAUCAUUUAUGUCAUCAAGAAGAAUGAUGAUGGCUGGUAUGAAGGGGUCAUGAAUGGAGUGACAGGCCUCUUCCCAGGGAACUAUGUGGAGUCCAUCAUGCAUUACUCAGAGUGAACACCAGAGGACCGAGCACUGCACCUGCUGCUGCAGGAGCUCUCAGGGCUUCCCAGAUCUCCACCAGCCUCUGGGGCCCGAUCCAAAAUAACUGAAUGAAGGAUAAUUGUAACAACCACUCUUUGUUUCUUUUUUUUUUUUUUCCUGCCAUCAUAAAACAAUAGUGAUUUGAGUUGUUUGAACAAAUGGCUCUUCCGGCUGCCAGCAGUGGCUGUCAUGAGCCAUCUGACAUUGAAUUAAGCUGAUCCAUUCAGAUGUAACAAACUUGUUGAGUAGCUGAUACUUCACCCAAAUUCUGACUUCUUCUGGCAGGCUCUGGGAUCUGUCUCAGGAAUACUGUGUGCCCUUGUGGUACCACCCUUGGCAGCAGUGCCUGGCGCACGGGAUGUCCUGGAUGCUUGUGAUGAAGGGUUCCUGGCCAGUGGACAUUCCUCCCUGUUUCUACACUACACUCCUGUGCAGCUGGAAGAACACUCGUGUGCUAGCAAACACGGAUUUGUACACAAGGCUGUUCGUGUAUCUGACUUCCAGAUAGUUCCUUACGUCUCUAGCCUAAGCACCUCUGCAGCUGCUCUGCACAUGUAGGCUGACACAGGGGCACACAGAGCUGGCUUUGAUUCAUUCACCUUUCAGUUUAGACAAUUAAGAUGGCUGCAGCCCAGAGGACACCCAUCCCCAUUUCCUCAUCUUUUGAAUGCCACAGGUUUGUUUUUUGUUAUGCACUGAGGUAAAUGUGCUCCUCUCCGCUGCAGGCUCCCAGCUGUGGGUGCUGAUGGGUUAAACAGAACUCACUGAUGCCGCUGACGGUGAAGGGGAAAUGAAGUUUACAGGUCCUCCUGGGGUCUGAGGAUAAACUCUAGGGGCUGUGAUCUGAGGUUCAAAUCUACUCACGCCUGCUUGCACUAGAGCAACUUACCCCCAACUUUAGUCUUAUGCACAAUAUAAUCUUAAAAAAAAAAAAAACCAAUCAGGUAUUGUAAAUUGGCUAUUUUGUACUUGAUGACUAGAUUUGCAUAUGUACUGUGAGAGCCCUGUGCAGAGGCAGGACAAACGGCAAUUGUCGUCUUCAAGUCUGUUGCCAAAAUCUCUUCAGUGGAAGUUUAAAGGGCUGUUGUGUGUACUGGUUUCCCAUGGAAAUCCAAGCAGUAACUAGUAGUAGUCUUAGCUCUUCCCCCAGCCCUCUCCAUUGUUAUGAAGAAAUAGAUACUUUGAACUGUACUGAUGGAUGUGGGGUGGAGUAAUACCAAGUGAAGGCUCUGUAGCCCCUUCUGUUGAUCGUUUGCUUUUUAAUCUAGUCUCAGUUAAAAAUACUCCACUCUGGUUCUAUCUAGCAGAUCAGUGUUAAGCGAUGGCUGCACUAGUCUGCCUUUUGGAAGGACAUAACGCUCUCUUUGGGUUAAUGUCAUGCAUUAACAGAAUGAAUGCAUUAAACCUAGUGGCCUGCAGAUUUGGCUGGAUCUUCCAUUGUGAGAGGCUUCUGGGCCAGGGCAUCUUCCUGGACAAUGUUUGACUGCUUCCUGUCUCAGUUGUGGCUGGUACCAACAGUAGCUUGUCACAGUCUCUCUAAUGCUGCAGCUGUCUUCUGAGGCCUGUGCGUGAAACAGAGUGGUGAAGAGAACUACCUGGAGGCUGAGUUUGUGAUGUUACUGGCAAAGAUGCAGGGAAUUGACCCAAUCCCCUGACUUGGUAACUAGUGUGCUGCCAGGCCAGAGGUGCAGGUUUGGUGCAAACUUGGGCAGGGAGGAGCCACAGCUGGUCAAGGGGGAAGAAGGAGGAAAGAAACAAUCCCAGGUGUGUUUCUGUGGGAUAUGGAUGAGUCUCAUAACCUGGGGUGAGCCUGCAGGAAGAGCGCGUGUAAUGCCUGUGCAAGGAACCAGUUUGGUUAAAGCCCGCACUAGCUAUGACUUUGAAGGAAGUGGUGCAAGGCUAGCAGCCACUUACCCUGCUCAGCACAUAGCUGUGUAGCCAAGACACUCGUCUUCUUUCUGGAAGGUAGCAGCAUCAUUUGGGAUGAAUGUUAGUCAGAACUGGUACUUUCUGCCUCCCUCUGAGAAGGCUUUUGUAGACCAGCAGAACUACCAGAAGCAGCCAUGUUCAGGUUGCUUAGCCCUUUGUUCCUCUGGGAGCGUUACCUGGGAAAACUGGUUUAGAGGGGCUUGAAUGACUGUUUCUAACAGAGGGCAGGUCUCCACAUUUUGUGCAGCCGGGUGGUGCUUGCAGCCAGGCUAGAGCCCAGGGUGACUGAAAUGCAGCAGUGUUACACAAUUUUUCAGUGCUUGCGAGGUGGCUAUGUGUGCCAGGACUGUCAGCAUUUCCCUGCUUCUCCAGCCAUGGGUGUAUUUGUGGCAAAGAUGACUGUGCAUAGAGUGACAUGAGUAUGUGAGCAAAUGUGUCAAGUUAGAGCCGCUUAAUGAGUUACAGUUCAUCAACUAAUCCUGCUCACUCUAGGUCUGUGCACCCAUGCUCAGCCAAACCCAGGUGGGAGGUAUUGCAUUAGUGAAACGCAUGUUUAACUCACAGGUGCUCUAAGAGCAUGCGCUUGACUAUUUCUGACUGGUGGGUGGUGACAGUGUGCAUGUCCAUUGGUGUGUGAUACAUGCCUGUAUCCUUAAUUGUCAUUAAACUGUGUGUGGGGUUUUUUUUGUUUUGUUUUGUUUUGUUUUGUUUUUUUCCCUUCUCCAUCUUGCAAAGUUUUCUGCCAGAGCGGAGGAUUGUAAGCCCAGAAAGUGCUGAAUGCUUACCAGCGCUCAGCAUAGCGGGCAAGGCUGCAGACCCUUGAAAAUGGAACGUGUGAAGCGCCUUGACUAACUGGCUUUGGUUUAUGGGACAGUGUUUUGUCCCUGCUGGCACAUGGUGGUUGUUUUGUUUUGUUUAAAUCCUGCAAGAACUACUGUGGAUGCAAUUUUUUUGGUCACCGCCUGCUGGUUUUAUGCUUAUUAUGCAGUAUUAAUGUAAAGACAUUUGUUGAGGUUUACGCAUACUUUUUUAAUUUCUGACAGUUUUGAGUCUGUAGGUUGUCUGGGAACAAGUUGAUAUUAACGAUCAUAGACCAGCCCAAAGUAAUCAGGCUUUGUAUAUUAAUGUUACAUAGACUGCAUGAUAGUGAGGGUUGUGUUUUUAGUUUUGUUGCUUGUAAUUCUCCUCCUCAAAAAAACCACAACACUCCACCCACCCUUCUUUUCCCCUUUUUAUUUACAGGUUUACUUUAAAAAAGGGGUGGGGAAGUUGGGGGGUGGGGGGGGGGGAGGCCCUCAGUAUUUCAAAUAGAUGCAAAAACUUUUCCUCCUUGAGUCCUGCUGUCACAGCUGGAGGGGUUCAGCAUUGUAGGGUGUGGAGUAGCGCAGGGGGGGAGUGUGCAUGUGCAAGGCGGGGUUUUUGGGGGGGGGGGGGGGGGGGAGGAGACGCACCAGACUAGCCCAGAGUGCUGUACAGCCAAAAUGCAUGUUUCGCCCUUACUGAGUGCUGCCUUAGCCCAGCCAGCUGUUUUCAGUGUGCACAGAAACGCGGCAGGAGUCUCUAGCCGCAUAUGUACUUUGCUUUGGUUUCUUGUAGCAGAGUUCUUCCCUGCUCCAGGCCCAGGGACAAUGCUACUAACCACCAGCUGUCUGCUCUGCCAUGUGCCUGUGCCAAGGGCAGGCCCAUGCUGUCCCCAGGGAGUGCAGGAAGAGGUUGUUUUGGUGUCUCUGUUUCAGGUUAACAGAGGAGGGUGAGGCUGUGUCUUGCUUUUUCUUUUUUUUUUUUUUUUUUUUCCUUUCUUUUUUUUCUUUUUUUUUCCAUUUUUUUUUGGGGGGGGGGGGGGGGGUGUCCCUCACUGGCUGUUGCAGCAGAGGCAGGAGCAGUCUUGCCCUGGUGCCAUAGCCCAGCACUGGCAAAGGGGCAGACUGCACUUUUAUGUAGGGCUUUCUCCAUCAGGCAUGACUUGCAGCAGCAGGACUGACUCUCCUUUUCUGGCAGGGGCUGCUGCCUGGCUGGGCUGCAUGUCCGAGGCUGGAGGCAGUAGGUUUGUGCACUGCUGCAGGUUGCACUUCUGUGGCGUCUCCCACUUGCACACUGGGUGCCGAGUUAGCGCUGUGCCCUUCCACCACUUCCUAGUGAGCGCUGUGGCUGUGCCCAGGCUCUGGCAAUGGGAUCUCGUUUUUACCUACGUCUCUGGGCUUCUGGCUUAAAAGGGAACCUUUGACUUUUUCCUGUACAGAAAGGACAAGACUUCAUGCUGGGUAUGUAAGCUGGGGGCCUUUACAGGGCUUCUCUUCCCAGAGGUUUUUUUUUUUUUUUUUUUCCCCCCCCCCCCCCCCCCCCCUCCAAGUGGGAUGGGACAUCUUGUGAAAUAGGUAGAGUGUGUAUUCUGCAGGGCAACUUGUUGGGAGUAGCUAGAGGAUGCUGUUAGUAAGACCAUGGAGCUGUGGUUACUUGCUUUUAGCUUUUAGACUCUCUGUUUGAGCACUGCAGCAUUUUAGAAAACAUGCAUAACCCAUAGAGGGAGGCUUUAGUGCCUGUGCUGACAGCAGUGGCAGCGAGAAAUGUGCAGAGCUGUUGCAUUCACAAAGGCAAACAUUUUACUUAAUCCAUAUUAUUUGGUCUUAGAGAGUGUUGCAAACUCACAGGUAGCCCAAUGGCAUAUAGCUUAUGGGGAACCAGUUUUUCUAGAAUUUACUGUUGCUUGCAGGUGUAGUCUCCACCUUCCCCACGCUUUGGCACCGCUCAGUUUUAGGCACAGCCACAUUUUGUGGGUGAAAUGCUUAGACAGAGGUGAAAAUAGUGCAAGGGGGAAUAGUCUUUGCUGAAGUCAGUGUGUAGUUACAGUCCUAUUGCUCUACUUUUUGAUUUUGAAACUGCAAGAACAGAGGGACCAUCACCUCGUGUCCUUGGGAAGGUUGCUGAAAGCUUGAUGUGGCCAAAGUUUGCCAACUGCUGGUGCAAAGAGUAAUUCACCGACUAUGGUGUUCUGCUGCUUUUGUUAGAAAAACCCAGUAUGUGUUUUGUGCAACUUCCUGCAAAUGCAGAAAGUGGCUUUUCUUUGGUACUCUGAACGCGCUGAUUUUAUUUGCACCUUUGCUUAUUACUAGGCACGUGUUACAAAAGGGUAAAGUCAGCAGCAGCCUGUUGUCCAGAGGUAAGCCUACACCCAGCAACUUGUUGAACACCUACACGGUGACUCUGCUGGAAUGUGUGCAGUGCAUUUGUUCCUGUUUCUCUUAAAACCUCAGAAAAUCCUACCACUAUUGACUAAUAAGGAAGAGCUGUGUACAAAUUCAUUUCCAUUACAGAGCCUUGCUAAAGUGCUGACAUGUCUGAGUUUUUUUUGUAAAGAACAAGUGCUUCUUUUCACAUUUGAAAAAGUGUCUUUUGCAACUUGCAUGGACAAGUAAUUUCUAUGAAUUCUCUGGAAAUGUCAGUGUCUAACAUGGAUUUUGUCCAUGCAGUUUUUUCUGAAAGCAGAACCCUCCCCCCCCUUUGGUUUAUGGUCAGAGGAGAAGCACUCUUGUGCUUUUGAUUCUGGUACUGCUGAUGCAGUGGAUGUGUGCAGAGCCCACUGUAAAUGCUGAUGACCAAGCCUGCAGGACUCCGGGGAGCUGUGUGCCGCCAGUAACGUUUUAUUGUGUGUGCCAUUUGAACCACCUUCCAGUGAGUGCAAAACCCAAUUUUUAAAUUUUUUAAUUGUACUUGGAAUUAACUGUUGCUGUGUACUAAACCCUCUUGUUACAAGCCCUAAAUAAAAAGAACAAAGCACA